GGGGCUGGCUUGUACACCCUCUUACAGAACGACGAGAAACACGAGAAGGCGUGCGUAGUGAAGCCUUUUCGGAAUCACGGAGCAGAAGAAAAGCAAAUUUGCCAUCGCGCAACUCAAGAAAUUAGAGCUGUCUGCGCACAGUCAGAAAACAUAAAGUCUUCCCAACAAACUGGAAGGCGACAUGGCACAUGUUGGUCAUGUGGUUAGCAUGCAUCAUGAUGGUUCGCACUCUCCUGAAAUAGUCACCAUGCAUGAAACCGCAGAUCAUUUUCAGAAUAUCCCUCAGGAUACAUCAACAAUGUCAGAACCAUCAUCACCUGAAUCGGCUACAUUCGAUGACUCAGAUCUUUUGAAUUCCUCUGUAACAGAUGUUGUAACCAAUCAACUUGCAGCGGCCGGUCCAAUUGGUGUUGCAGCUGCCGCAGCUGUUGCAACUGGCCGAAAGAGAAAACGACCGCAUUCUUUUGAAACAAAUCCCUCUAUCCGCAAACGUCAACAAACAAGGUUGCUUCGAAAACUGAAAGGAACAGUUGAUGAGUAUGCAACACGUGUCGGUCAGCAAGCUGUUGUUGUUUGUGCAUGCCCUGGGCGACCAAAUCCAUUAUUCAAGGUAUUUGGGGCAGCACCACUGGAAAAUUGUGUGAAAAGCCUUAAACCUCACAUCUUGCAAAGUCUCGAGGCAGCCUUAGCACAACAAACACCCACGCCUAGUCAAGACAAUACAGGGCUACACGAGUUGCCACCUUUAUAUAUUGAUGGCAUACCAACACCAGUGGACAAGAUGACUCAAGCUCAACUUAGAGCAUUCAUCCCAUUGAUGUUGAAGUAUUCAACUGGUCGGGGAAAACCUGGUUGGGGUAGGGAUGCGACUAAACCUCCUUGGUGGCCUGGGGAGAUCCCAUGGCAGAAUGUCCGUAGCGAUACACGCUCAGAAGAACAGAAAGCAAAGCUUUCUUGGACAAAUGCUCUCAAAAUGAUUGUAAAGAAUUGUUAUGAAUAUCAUGGCCGUUCUGACCUACUACCCGAUUUUCAAGAUGCUGAUGCUUUCUCUGGUGUACAAAGUACACAUCCAAUUGUGCAUACACUAACUAAUGCUGAUGGCACCCUUUCACUGGUGCAAGUAGAUGCAAAUGGUGCUAUUGUUGGUUCAUAUACUGAUAACUCAACCCAGGCUGAGUCAACUCAAGCAGUUGCUACCCUCUCUGAGGUAUCGGCAACAACUCAGGGUGCUCCAGUUUCAAUAAGUAUCAGUGAGAUGUCUCAGGGGGAGGCGGCUGCCCAAGCUGCAGUUGCUACCCUUGCUGAGGCAACAUUAUCGGAUGGUGGGCAGCUAGUGAUACCAGAACACACAGCUUCAGCUUUAGCUAGUGUUGGUAAUUCUGCCUUGAAUACAUCGACCAUGGUGACCAUACCAGUUCAUGCCGCGGCAGCCAUGAUGCAGAUCCAAAACAACCAACUGGGUAAUGGUCAAACACAAUACAUCACGACCAGCGUGCCACAGGUUGCUAUGGCACCCCAUACAAAUCUUCAUACCGUAAACUCUGCUCAAAACAUUCAAACACAACUAGCUGAAUCUUCAGGUAGUGAAAACACUGUUCCUGGUGCUAGUCAGGCUGUGGAGGUUGUCACCUAUUCCUCUUAGUUUGAUGGUAGUUUGUCUAUGUGUUGUAAAGCAUUUGUGUUUAUUAGUUUUUGUUUGAUUUUAACAAAUAGAGAAACAGCAUUGAGACUUUCUUGUAUUAUUGUUCGACUUUAUUAAAUAGAGAAACAACAUUGCA